GCUUCCUUUCAGAAUGAGUCUUACUUUGAAAGAAGUGAUUUCCUACGUCACUUCCUGUUAAUGUAGACUUCUCAUAACAUCCAGCUAGAGCUGCGACUGAAAGCUAACGCUAUCUAUUGUCACUAUAUCUUAACAACAUAAACAGAGGGACAACAUGUCAGAUACGGAGACAAAACCAUCCAGCCAAGAUGGAGGAGAUAAGAAGGACGGAGAGUACAUCAAAUUAAAAGUCAUCGGUCAGGACAGCAGCGAAAUCCACUUUAAGGUCAAAAUGACGACACAUCUGAAGAAGCUGAAGGAGUCUUACAGCCAGAGACAGGGUGUUCCAGCAAGCACGCUAAGGUUUCUGUUUGAAGGACAGAGAAUCGCAGACAACCAAACUCCCAAAGAGCUGGGGAUGGAAGACGAGGACGUAAUCGAGGUUUAUCAAGAACAGACGGGCGGACUUUGGAAGGAUUAAACCUCCUGCGUUUCUAAUUUUUCUUUUUUGUAUUUGAUUUUGUAUGUAUGUAUCUUUGUUCCGUUUCAAACCAUCUGGAUCAAAACGGACUCUUACCAGGGCUUCCAUGUUCGAGGGGAACAGACUGAGGGAUGCUAAUGUUGUUGACCUGAGAAAAAGCAUUCAAAGUGAGUGCCUGGGACCUCAGAUUUUAAUCGACAUAACUACACUGUAGCUAUGUAUGUAACAAAUAAAAAGCCUUGAGCACACAUUUUACAAAGACAAACAGAUUCUGCGUUAAAGGAAACUGUUGUAAACAUCUAUUUUCAAUUACUACAAGACAAGUAACGAUCGAAUAUCAUACAGCUUUGUUUUACCGUUCACUAUAGAAUUAUACAAUUAUACAACUAGAACAAUGAUAAACAAGCCCCUCCUGUGUAACCUAGGUGUUCACAUGUAGAACUUAGGGACCACAAAGGUUCCUGGUUAAGCAAACCUUGAGGUGCAUUGUGGGGUUUUUCACCUACUGCUUUGAAACAAGGUGAUCAAGGAGCUAGUAUCGGACUAUUACAGACACGAUUUUCAUUCUCAUAAAUACACUAGCUAUGCACACGUGACAACACAUUUACCCUGAGGCAGAAAACAGAUUUUGGAGGCACUAUUCCUUCAUUCUGUUUUGAAAAGCUUCAUUUUCUUUCGUUCAGGAUGUU